UAAACAAAACUUAUGAAAGUGACUGAAAUCGUGAAUUAUUACUAGUCAUGAAAGAUGGAGAAAUGCAAGUACACAUUUACCUCUUGUUACCGACAACCUUCACAUCCUCAUUUGUACUCUGUCGGACAAACUGACAUACCGUCGUCCCAAUGACGAUCUCCGGCGCCACCCUUACGGGUAUGUGUUCCAUGCCGAUGGUCAAACUCACGCCGUCCAUUUUGACCGUGAGUCGUAGAUUCAAACCUUUGUCAGUUGCAUCGGCGGAGCAACCGUUGAUGACAGUCGAGAACUUUGAGGUUGAUUUGACGGUUAAACGAGGUCGUUUAGAGACGGAGGUUGAACGGUUCAGUUUGAAGGACUACUUGGAACAGUCGAGAGAGUUGUUGAUGACGUCAGACGGUGGUCCUCCUCGGUGGUUUUCGCCGUUGGAGUGCGGUUCACGAUUGGAUAACUCCCCUUUGCUUCUCUCUUUACCAGGGGUUGAUGGUACCGGGCUUUCGCUUCUUUUGCAUCAUCAACGGCUUGGAGAGAUUUUCGAUGUAUGGUGCUUACAUAUUCCCACCACGGAUAGAACACCAUUCACGGAUCUUGUGAAGCUAAUUGAAAGAACAGUUAGGUCCGAAAACGACCAGCAUCCAGGCAGACCGAUAUAUCUUGUCGGUGAAUCGUUUGGUGGAUGUCUUGCACUAGCUGUUGCUGCCCGUAUCCCACAUAUUGAUCUCGUGUUAGUUUUAGCUAACCCAGCUACAAGUUUUGGAAAGUCCCCGUUGCAGCCGUUAAUACCUAUAUUGAAAAUCGCUCCGGAUCAUAUUCGCCCCGGCCUUCCUUAUAUUAUGAGCUUAAUGACAGGGGUGCCUUCAAGUAUGCUGACAUCCACUGCAAAGAAAGGGCUUCCUUCACAACAAACGAUCACGGAUCUAUCAGAGGCUGUUGCAUCAUUGUUCUCCUACCUUUCUGAUGUUGGAGAUGUGUUAACUGUUGAGAUGGUUCUUUGGAAGCUGAAGAUGCUUGAAUCAGCUUGUGCAUAUUCGAACUCAUGCCUGCAUGCCGUUUCAGCUCAGACAUUGAUACUGUCAAGUGGGAAUGAUCAGCUACUGCCAAGUCUACAGGAAGGUGAAAGGCUUCAGAAAACUUUACCAAAAUGUCAGAUCCGUACGUUUAGUGAUUCCGGGCAUGCAUUGUUUCUGGAAGAAACUUUUGAUCUGGUAACAGUCAUAAAGGGUGCGGGUUACUAUCGCCGUGCUAAACACACGGAUUACGCCUCGGAUUUUGUACCACCAAGUUCCCAUGAAAUCAAAGAUAUUCUAGAUUCUUCAACAUGGAUAGAUCUUGCUACUUCACCGGUGAUGCUAUCAACUUUGGAAAAUGGGAAAAUCGUGAGGGGUCUAGACGGAAUUCCUUCUGAAGGGCCCGUGUUAUUCGUGGGAUGUCACAAUAUGCUAGGAUUUGAAGUGGCUCCUAUGAUUCGCCGGUUCAUAAUUGAUAAAAAUAUUAUUAUUCGAGGAGUUGCACACCCGAUGUUAUUUAGGAAAUUAAAAGAAAAUGGAAUGCCCAAUCUAGCAACAUAUGAUGUAACAAGACUUAUGGGUGCGGUUCCUGUGUCACCAUCUAACCUCUACAAACUAUUUUCCUUAAAGUCCCAUGUCCUCUUGUAUCCUGGAGGCGUGCGUGAAGCUCUUCAUAGAAAGGGCGAGGAAUACAAAUUAUUCUGGCCAGAGCAGUCAGAGUUUGUGAGAAUGGCUGCUAGAUUUGGAGGGACGAUUAUACCUUUCGGUGCUGUUGGAGAAGACGAUUAUGCUCAAUUGGUACUAGAUUAUGAUGAUCAAAUGAAGAUUCCUUUUAUGAAGGAUUAUGUGAAGCAAACAACCGACGAAUCUAUUAAACUAAGGAAUGACAUGAAUGGAGAGGUUGCAAAUCAAGACCUCCACAUGCCAGUGAUCUUGCCAAAAGUUCCCGGGCGUUACUAUUACUUAUUCGGAAAGCCGAUUAAAACAGAAGUUUUGGUUUCAGGGAGGAUGGAGGAACUGAGGAGUAGAGAGAGAGCAAAUCAAGUGUAUGUAGAAGUGAAGGGGGAGGUUGAAAAAUGCCUUAAUUAUUGUAAAGCGAAAAGAGAAAACGACCCGUAUAGGAACAUAUUAUCGCGGUUGAUGUACCAAGCUACUCAUGGUUUGGAAUCUGAGGUCCCAACCUUUGAUCUGGAUUGAAUUCAUGCAUUCAUAUUAAGGAUUUUGGAUUCUGGUUUGGUUGGAUAAAUAUUUGUGAUUGUUGAGAUGAUAUCAUGUAUAGCUGUUGUUGCACUAGUGUUAGAAGAAAGGUUCUUCAAUAAUAUUUAUUCAAGAUUAUUGAUGCAA